AUGGAGGUGUCCUCUGAACUUUUCAGCAAUGUGGGUACCCCCUGGCAGAGGGUCCUGCUCACAGCCUCCCUCUUAACCUGCUGGCUCCUGCCCACCACUGCCCAUGUCACCAUCGAAUCCUUACCACCCGAUGUGGUUGAAGGAGAAAAUGUUCUUCUACAAGUUGACAAUCUGCCAGAGAAUCUUCGAGUCUUUGUCUGGUACAGAGGGCUGACAGACAAGAGCCUUGGAAUUGCAUUGUAUUCACUGGACUAUAGCACAAGUGUGACAGGACCUGAGCACAGCGGUAGAGAGACAUUGUACAGCAACGGGUCCCUGUGGAUCCAAAAUGUCACCCGGGAGGACACAGGAUAUUAUACUCUUCAAACUAUAAGUAAAAAUGGAAAACUGGUAUCAAAUACAUCCNUGUUCCUUCAGGUGUACUCCUCUCUUUUCAUCUGUGGGCNUCCUUCUCCACCUGCACACCUCAAUAUUGAAUCAGUGCCGGCCACCGUUACUGAAGGAGCAAGCGUUCUUCUCCUUGUUCACAAUCUUCCAGAGGAUCUUCAAUCACUUUUCUGGUACAAAGGGUUGGCUGCGUUUAAUAAGGUUGAGAUUGCCCGACACAGAACAGCCAAGAAUUCAAGUGAAAUGGGCCCUGCCCACAGUGGUAGAGAGAUAGUGUACAGCAAUGGAUCCCUCCUGCUCCAGAAUGUCACCUGGAAAGACACCGGAUUCUACACCCUACAAACUGUGAAUAGAUAUUGGAAAAUUGAAUUAGCACACAUUUACCUUCCGGCGAACAGUAAGUGA